UUACUUUGGUUGGAGGAAGAAGAAGACACAUUGUCUAGACAGACUAUAUAUAUAUAUAUGCAUAUAAUCAUCCAUCGUGUAAUUUAACAAAAAAAAAUAGUAUACAUAUUAUAGAUAGAGAAACAAAAAUUAGCUCAUCUUGUCUUGAUUAUGGAGUUAAUUAAUAAAUUUAUACUAUGUGCGAUGUUGAUGAUAAAUGUAGCAUUUUGCAGCAACAACAGCUCCAUACCAACCCACAUAAGUGGUUGCACCAACCAGUUAUGCGGAGAUUUCGAAAUUCCAUACCCAUUUGGCCUUGACAAAGGCUGUUUCAUGGAACCACCAUACCUGUUCCAGAUCUAUUGUAAGAAUUCAAAGCCGUACCUUUUCAACUCCGGUUUCAGCGUCAGCAAACUAUCCGUUGCAGCCGGCGAGGUAACACUCAUGCUGCCUAUUGCCCAAGAUUGUUACACUGAGAACGGCACACAGUUGAAAAAUAAUGUCUCAGACUUCAACCAAGCCUUUAAUCAAUAUUUCAGCGUUUCCUUUGUCAGGAACAAGUUUUACUCCAUAGGUUGCGAUAAUUUGGCAACCAUCAAUGGCUUUAGGGGCGAUAAUAACUACACAACGGGCUGCAUAUCCUCGUGUAGUUACGCCCACGAAGUGGACCUUAAGUCUUGCUCUGGCGUAGGCUGUUGCAAAACUUCGAUCCCCAGUGGACUUAAUAGCUACCGUUUUAGUUUGAGAAGUAACAAUCAUCAUAGAAGUGUUUGGAGUUUUAACCCGUGUAGCUAUUCUUUUUUUAUGGAAGAAACUGAGUUUAAUUUUUCAAGGCUUGAAGAAUUUACCAAUCUUACUCAGGUUCCUGUUAUGGUUGACUUUGCUGUUGGGUUCGAAUCUUGUGAAGUUGCUAAGAAGAAUAUGACGAGUUACGCUUGUAAGGAGAAUACUGUGUGUGUUGAUUCAAUUCCUAGGGAUGGCUACCUUUGUUGGUGCUCAAAGGGUUAUGAAGGAAACCCUUUCCUUGGUUGUACAGAUGUCGAUGAGUGUAAAAAAGAUCCAAAUCUCUGCAAAAAUGGAAUAUGCCAAAACACACCAGGUAGUUUCAAGUGCUUAUGCCAAAAGGGAUAUUUGCCCCAAAAUGAAACCAUGUGCAUAGAUGUGAAGGACAAUUCCAGAAAUCGAAUUGUUGACUACAUUAUAGUGAGUGUAAGCAUGGGAUUUGUAGCCAUUAUGGCUACAAUCGGUUUAAUGUUUUGGGGAAUGAAGAAAAGAAAGUUAACAAAGCUAAGAGAAAAAUUCUUUGAACAAAAUGGAGGCAUAAUGUUACAACAAAGAUUUUCAAGCCACAGAGGAUCUAAGGAUACAACUAAAAUUUUCACUUUGGAAGAAAUCAAGAAAGCAACAAACAAUUUCCAUGAAAGCAGAAUCCUUGGAGAGGGAGGUUAUGGAAUAGUUUAUAAAGGAGAAUUGAUGGAAAAUAAAUUUGUUGCAAUCAAGAAGUCAAAGGUGGGCAUUCAAACACAAAUUGAACAAUUCAUCAAUGAGAUGAUUGUUCUUAUGCAGAUUAAUCACAAGAAUGUGGUUAAACUCUUUGGAUGUUGUUUGGAGACUGAAGUUCCUUUGUUAGUGUAUGAAUUUAUUACAAAUGGCAAUCUUUUUGAGCAUAUUCAAAACAUAAGCAACGAAUUUUCACCACUUUCAUGGGAGUUGAGAUUAAAGAUAGCCUCAGAAACUGCAGGAGCUCUUGCUUAUUUGCACAGCCAGACUAUAACACAAAUCAUACAUAGAGAUGUGAAGACAGCGAACAUACUUUUGGACGAAAAUUACACAGCAAAAGUGUCUGAUUUCGGAGCUUCUCGAUUGAAUCCUCUUGACCAAGAUCAACUUCAAACACUUGUGCAAGGAACAUUUGGAUACUUAGAUCCAGAAUACAUGUAUUCAAGCAACCUAACUGAUAAAAGUGAUGUAUAUAGUUUUGGAGUUGUGUUAGCGGAAUUAUUAACAAGCAUGAAGGCCAUUGAUUUUAGAAGAGAUGAGAAUGACAGAAAUCUUGCAAAUUAUUUUGUCUCUGCUUUAAAAGGUGAUAGAAUACUUGAUAUUUUUGAUGCUGAUAUUGUUAGUGAUGCAAAUGUUAAAGCUUUGAUGGAAGUUGCAAAUCUUGCUGGUAGAUGUUUGAGGGUGAAAAGUGAUGAAAGGCCUACAAUGAAAGAAGUGGCAAUGGAAUUAGAGGGGUUAAGAGCUAUGGAAAAGCAUCAACAAAGAGAAGCUAAUUUUCCCACUGGAGAGACAAAGUACUUAGUUGAAUCACCUUUGUACCCCAACUGUAUUCACAACGUGGAUGGUGAAUCAACGAAUAAUACUUCUGCUGACUAUGUGAACAUCCAAAAUGAACUCUUGAAUUCAUACAAUAGUGGGCGUUAAGUGUUACCAAGGACAAGGCGCGCUUGGCCUAGCGGCGGGGCUCCCAGCCAAGCGCUCCUUGGUCUAGGGGGUUGGAGAGGUUCGAGUAAGAGCUUGAGCCAAAUUCUGUUUAUAUACUUAGGUUGUCACCAUUAGUGGUGGUGUAUCCCACUUUAUGGUGGUGUACAACAUUCAUUAGACAUUAAUAUGUUGUAAUUGAAUUAUUUAGAUUUGUAUUUAGUAAUGUCUUUAUAGUAUUUAUAACAAGAUUAAUGCCUUUAUAUCUAA